GAAUUUAUAUCAAUAUUUUUGUGAAGAUAUUAGAUAACAGAAUGAAGAGGAAUUUGUAUGAGAAUACAGUUUUGUGACGAAUAAAAAGAAAAGUGCAUAGAAACUAAAAUAGUAUUAGUACUUGAUUCACGGACGAACAUUUAUGCUUGGUAUCUCUUACUCCAGGUCCACAUUUGUCUCUGCCAUUGUCAUUACCUCACCUUGUUUUGCUUGGCACCUGCCAAUCAGUGUCUGACACAGUCAAUUUAAUGAAAAUAAUUUACUACAUAUUCCGUUGUUUUCCGUUCACUUUUACUAGGGACAACAGUGUCAUCUGUACAGUAGUUGUGUUUCUUGGUUUGGAGCAAAAUAAAAUAAUGUAUUCUGUAAUUGAACAAACUUAAAUAACCUUUAAUGUUAAAAUCCAAAAUGAGUAAAGUAAUCAAGCACACGACAACCCACCUCCCUCCUCCUUUGGGUCUUGUAUAUUUUCCAAUAGGAAAAAAGACAUUCUUUUUCUCACUCACUCACACAACUCAAAGGCACCCCCACCUGGUUUUUUUUGUUUCUCAUGAAUAGUUAAUCACUAAUCUCUUUGCUGUGUGGGGGAAAAAAGAAAAAAAGGUACCAUCUUGGCCUGCCUUUCAUUUGAUUUUCUGGUUUAAUGUUUCUAUGGAAGUGCAAAGUUUCUCAUUUUCUGUUGGGAAAAAUCUUGAUAUUUCUGGUGUAAUGUUCUAUGCUCAUAUCAUCCGAUUGAUGACCAUUCCGUGUCUUUGUUUCUGAAAUCAUGGUUUUGGGACUGAAAACUAGGACUAGGAAUAGCCCGUCAGUUCAAGUCGAAUAUCUAAUCCAUAUUAAGGAGAUUAAACCUUGGCCAGCCUCACAGUCACUGAAUACGCCUCGUGCUGUUCUAAUCGAAUGGCAAUAUGGUGAUAAGCUCUCUGGAUCUACUAAUCAAGUUGUGCCAUCGUUGGGAACUGGUUCUGGUAUUGGUGACGGAAGAAUUGAAUUCGAUGAGUCUUUUAGACUUCCUGUGACACUGUUAAGGGAAACUUCCUUUAAAAGUGGAGAUGGUGACACUUACCAAAAGAAUUGCAUUGAAUUCCACUUAUAUGAACCCCGGCGUGAUAAGACUGUGAAAGGUCAGCAUUUAGGAACUGCUACAAUUGACUUGGCAGACUAUGGUGUUAUUAGAGAAAGUUUGAGCAUAUGUCCCCCCAUUAACUGCAAGCGAACUUACAGGAACUCAGCACAGCCCCUUCUUUUCCUGAAAAUUCAGCUAGUUGAGAGGUGUCGUAUGAGGCCAUCCUUGAGGGACAGCUUGAAAAGAGAAGCAUCGAUGGACCGAAAUGGAUCUCUUUCUAGAUUACUGAGUGAAGAAUAUGCAGAGGAAGCUGAGUUUGCUUCAUAUACUGAUGAUGAUGUUUCUUCUCACUUAUCAUUGCCUGUUUCUUCUUCAACCAACGGCUCCAACUAUGGCUCACCACCUCAAGGAGAGGAAAGAUUUACGGGAGUAAAAAGUAGCCCGGGACAAGACGAAUAUGAAAAUGUAAUAGAUGACAAGAGAAGGCUUAAAAAUAUGGAAAAAAAGCAAGGGACAAAUUCUCCUUCAAGAUUGCAAGGAAGUUUGUCUCACACCUCAACUGAUUUGUCUUUUGAUCUGGCGUGGAUCUCAAAGAAAAUUGGUGGUCGUAGUAGCACUCAGUAUGCAACAUCUAAUGUGAGUAAUAUAACCGGAGAUACGCAGAAUGACUGCAUGUUGAUCAAACAGGACAAACAUGCACAAUGUGUAGAACAAAUAGUGGCCAGUGAUGAAAUAUCCUGUCGGCGGAGCUCUGAGGAGGGCUUUUUCGAUGCUCAUCCAGCUGAAAAAGCCUGUCCAGUUCCGCACAUCACAGAUGAGAGUCGUAACUUUGUGAACACGGUUAGUAAUUUCUCCGACAAUGAAAUUGAAGAGAACACUUCAACUCCAUCUCUAAAUGGGCUGUGUGAUGAUGCAAGAGAUGCAGUUACUCAAAAUGGAAACAGUGAGGAUCAUCGGGAAAAUAGUCAACAAUGUAGUCCUCAUAAUGGAGAGCAACACCAGGAGAAUGAGCAUGAAAAAGAAAUCUUGGAAAAUAAAGGGCAAUGCAAAAAAGAUGAGUCGGUCAGUUGCUACCCCGAAGAGGCUACUCUAGUACCUAUCCUGAAGGAAACUGAUGCAGUUUCUGCUUACCGGGACAGUUCUGGAGCAAAGAGGACUACUCCCCAAAACGAGAUAUUAAAGCAUGUGAUGUCAGUCAGGUCAUCAUCAGAAUCAAAUAGGGAUGGAUCUGUCGGGAGUGAUCAGCUUCUAGUGCAAGAUACUCCAAAAGGUGCUAAAGGUUUUUCAAGCAAUGAAAGAAAAGAUCAAAAAGUGAGUCCUAGGGAUACCACAAACAUUCUUUUGGAAAGCAAAAUCCAUAAGCUGGAGCAAAGAGUAAAGAUGCUUGAAGAAGAACUGAGAGAGUCUGCUGCUAUUGAAGUUGGCCUUUAUUCCGUUGUUGCAGAGCAUGGAUAUUCCGCGAAUAAGGUCCAUGCUCCGGCUAGACGCCUGUCUAGGUUCUAUCUACAUGCCUAUAAAGAAAAUUCUGUAUUGAAAAGGGGAAAUGCUGCUAAGAGUGCUAUAUCUGGAAUAUAUUUGGUUGCAAAGGCAUGUGGAAAUGAUGUUGCUAGGUUAACUUUCUGGCUAUCAAAUUCAGUGGUGCUGAGAGCAACUAUAACCAAAUUCCAUGGGCAGCAACAGUUUCCUCUUUCUGCUGAUAGUAUGCCUGAAAAAACUGUUGUCAAGGACAAGAAGAAGAAAUUUUCACCACUUAAGUGGGAGUCUUGCUCCAGCAAUGAUGUCAGAAAUGACGUUUGUGAGAGCUUAGGCAAUUGGGAGGACCCUGUUACAUUUAUAAGAGCACUUGAGAAAAUUGAAGCUUGGAUAUUCUCCCGCAUCAUUGAAUCUAUUUGGUGGCAGACGCUCAUUCCAUAUAUGCAGUCUGGUGCUGCAACAGCAAUCUGUAAUGACAUGGGUCCAGAGAUAAACAAAUUUAGCAGUACGGCGUCUAGUUCAGGUGCUGAAGAGCAUGGAAACUUUUCGUUGGAGCUUUGGAAGAAAGCCUUGAGACAUGCCUGUGAAAGGAUUUGCCCUAUUCGAGCCGGAGGACAUGAAUGUGGUUGUUUGCAUUUUCUCUCUAAAUUGAUAAUGGAACAAUGUGUGGCUAGAUUGGACGUAGCUAUAUUCAAUGCUAUCCUUCGAGAGUCUUCUGAUGAGAUGCCUUCGGAUCCUAUAUCAGACCCCAUUAGUGAUGCAGAGGUGCUUCCCAUUCCAGCUGGAAAAGCUAGCUUUGGGGCAGGUGCACAACUGAAAAUUGCGAUAGGGAAUUGGUCCAGAUGGAUCACUGAACUUGUUGGCAGCGGUGGUGCCAACUCAGUAGACGAUGAAAGUAGAGCAGAUAAUGAAGAUGAUGGGAGUGAAUACGAUUCCUCUUUCGAGUCUUUCAAUCUCCUUAACGCACUGAGUGAUCUUAUGCUGCUUCCAAAGGAUAUGUUGUUAAGUAGGACAAUAAGGAAAGAGGUCUGUCCCACAUUUGGUCCGAUCAUAAUCAGAAGGGUUCUUAAUGUUUUUGUCCCGGAUGAGUUUUGCCCUGAUCCAAUACAUGAAGUUGUACUUGAAGCUCUUAACUCCGAGGAUCCUUUUGAUGCCGAAGAAGAUUCUGUCAUGAGCUACCCAUGCACAGCAGCUCCUGUAGCUUAUAAGCCACCUUCAACAGCUUCAGUUGAUGGUCUAUUAGGUGAUGUUAGUCACCAUUCUCAGCUGAGACGAAGCAAAUCUUCAGUGCUCAAGAAGUCAUACACAAGCGAUGAUGAACUGGACCAACUAGAUUUGAACUUUAUCAUUUCUGAGGGCAUUGCAACUUCACCUCUUGUAAAAUCCAGUAGGAUAGCAGAAGGUAGCGGAAAUGGAAAUGCUGUUAGGUAUCAACUCCUUCGCGAAGUUUGGAUGAAGAGUGAAUAAUAUAAUUUUGACCUCUCAAAAUGUGAAACAUAUAGAUAUUUGCACAAACAAAGUAAAACUACGUGAAGAAGACCAAGUGAGUACCAACAGUUCCACAACAAAUGGCAUAGAUAUAUAAACAACUCAGUGUGGUUACGUCAACUAGCAAUCAGGUACUCAGUAUAUUAGCUAUCAAGCAAAAGAUCUUUGAUUUGAUUUUUCCUCAAACAAGAUACUUGAAGGCCUAAAAUGACAUUUUGAAACAGCACAUUUGCAUGUUGAAUUCAGCAAGCACUAGUAUUUACACACAUCAAGAAUGCUAAGGAGGGAAUCUAUAGUCCAAUUCAUUGAAUGUUAAGAGGCAAUCUACAUUCAUCUCAAGUUACAAUAUAAAUUUUUUUGGAGUAUCUGCAACUGUAAAAUUUAAAGCAUCAUU